CUCCGCCGCCGCCGCCGCUGUGCGGGGAGGAGAAGCCGGGAUGGAGGACGAAGAGCUGGAUUUGGGCGACGAGCUGGAAGCCGCCUUGCAGCUGGCUCCGGAGGUGCAGCUGGCCAUCGAGCAGGUAUUUCCCAGCCAAGAUCCACUGGACAGGGCUGAUUUCAACGCUGUGGAAUACAUCAAUACUCUUUUCCCAACCGAGCAAUCUCUGGCCAAUAUCGAUGAUGUAGUGAACAAAAUCAGAUUGAAAAUAAGACGAUUGGAUGAUAAUAUUCGGACGGUGGUAAGAGCCCAGACCAACGUGGGACAAGAUGGCCGGGAGGCUCUUGAAGAGGCCCAGAAAGCCAUCCAGCAGCUCUUCGGCAAGAUUAAAGACAUUAAGGAUAAAGCAGAAAAGUCGGAGCAGAUGGUUAAAGAAAUCACGCGGGACAUCAAGCAACUGGACCACGCCAAACGCCACCUGACCACCUCCAUCACAACGCUGAACCACCUCCACAUGUUAGCUGGGGGAGUGGAUUCCCUGGAGGCGAUGACCAGGAGGAGGCAGUACGGAGAGCUUGCUAACCUUCUACAAGGUGUUGUCAACGUGCUGGAACAUUUCAACAAAUACAUGGGGAUCCCACAGAUCCGCCAGCUUUCCGAAAGGGUGAAGGCAGCCCAGAACGAGCUGGGACAACAGAUCCUGGCUGAUUUUGAAGAGGCUUUUCCUUCCCAAGGCACAAAGCAGAGAUCAGCCGGUCCGAGCAACGUUCUCCGUGAUGCCUGUUUGGUCGCCAACGUCUUAGAUCCCCGGAUCAAGCAGGAAAUCAUCAAGAAGUUUAUAAAGCAGCACCUCUCGGAGUAUCUGGUGCUUUUCCAGGAAAACCAAGACGUGGCUUGGCUAGACAAGAUCGACCGGCGUUACGCCUGGAUCAAACGUCAGCUGGUAGACUACGAGGAGAAAUAUGGCCGGAUGUUCCCAGGAGAGUGGUGCAUGACGGAACGGAUCGCGGUGGAUUUCUGUCAUAUUACAAGGAUGGAACUGGGGAAAAUCAUGCGCACCCGGGCAAGAGAGAUCGAAGUCAAGCUGCUACUUUUCUCAAUCCAGAGGACGACCAACUUCGAAGGGCUGUUGGCCAAACGCUUCUCCGGCUCCACGCUAACAGAGACGGUGACGAAAAAGCCGGGUCCUCCACCGGUUUCCACCAACCCUUUUCUCGAGGAAGAAUCCACGACGGAUGAGGAGGAAACCCCAUCAGAAAGGCUUGAUAUUGACAAGCCACAAAAGCCAAAAAUUCCAAAUAAUCCGUUCCAUGGGAUUGUUUCCAAGUGCUUUGAGCCCCAUCUGUAUGUCUACAUUGAAUCUCAGGACAGAAACCUCGGAGAGUUGAUUGACCGCUUCGUGGGGGACUUCAAAGCCCAGGGACCCCCCAAGCCAAACGUGGAUGAGGGCGGGGCCGUUCUGCCCAGCUGCGCCGACCUCUUUGUCUAUUACAAGAAAUGCAUGGUCCAGUGCUCGCAGCUAAGCACCGGGGAGCCCAUGAUCGCCCUGACUACCAUAUUCCAGAAAUACCUGCGGGAAUACGCCUGGAAGAUCCUCUCCGGAAAUUUACCCAAGACGACAAACACCAGCAGCAGCGGCCUGACCAUCACCAGCUUACUAAAAGAGAAGGACGGUUCGGAGGUGGCCAAAUUCACCUUAGAGGAGCUUUGCCUGAUCUGCAGCAUUCUGAGCACGGCCGAAUAUUGUUUGGCGACCACCCAACAGCUCGAAGAAAAGCUCAAGGAGAAAGUGGAUGACAGCUUGGUUGAAAGAAUCACCCUGAUGGGAGAGAUGGAUACCUUCAGCACAGUGAUUUCCAGCAGCAUCCAGCUUCUGGUACAGGAUUUGGACGGCGCUUGUGAUCCGGCCCUCACCGCCAUGAGCAAAAUGCAGUGGCAAAACGUGGAGCACGUCGGGGAUCAGAGUCCUUACGUGACGUCGGUCAUCUUGCACAUUAAGCAGAACGUCCCCAUCAUCCGGGACAACCUGGCCUCCACCCGGAAAUAUUUCACCCAGUUCUGCAUCAAAUUUGCCAACUGUUUCAUCCCCAAGUUUAUUAACCACCUUUUCAAGUGCAAGCCGAUCAGCAUGGUGGGGGCCGAACAGCUGCUGCUGGACACUCACUCCCUGAAAAUGGUCCUGCUCGACCUGCCGUCCAUCGGCUCGCAGGUGGUGAGGAAGGCGCCUGCCAGCUACACGAAGAUUGUGGUCAAGGGCAUGACGCGAGCCGAGAUGAUCCUGAAGGUCGUGAUGGCGCCCCACGAGCCCGCGGUGGUCUUUGUGGACAACUACAUCAAGCUCCUCUCUGACUGCGCCACUGACACGUUCCAGAAGGUUCUGGAGAUGAAGGGUCUCAAGCGAAGUGAGCAAAGUAGCAUGUUGGACUUAUUCCGUCAGAGGCUCCCGGCUCUUCCCUCGGGCGCCGAAACCGGCAGCUGCGUCUCCCUGGUGGCCCCCACGCCCGAGCAGGAGUCUUCCCGUAUCCGCAAACUGGAAAAACUGAUCAAGAAGAGACUCUAGCCGUUAUCCAGCCGCCAUCUUCUUCUCCGGCUGCUUGAAGGCAUCGUGGUCCAAACUUAAUCGUUGGUUGCAGGUUGUGUUCCUCCCCCAUCGAGGGCCUUCUGGAUAGCAGAAAUCAGACCCCACCAGCUGUCUCUGGCAGGUCUCCCCGAUGAAUUUGAGCAUGCCCCAAAUCGCAGGACAGUCCUAAUUUUUGGCAGGAAGUUGAUAUUUUCCAAGGUCUUUAUCUCAGAAAUGAGAUCCCUGGAAUUUUUGCAAGGGUUAAUUUUAUAUUUAAGAGGUAGCCCUGUAGGAUGGCUGAUCUCUGUCUCUGUGCAUGUUGGAAUUUCCUUUUGCAGUGUUCCAUAAAGCA